UGUGUGCGGAAGGAGGGUCAAGCAUCUGACAACAUUCGCCACCGCCACGCCACGCCUAACAAUGAGAGUUAUUUCCGCUUGGCCGCCCGGAAUUAUUGAGGGAACAAAAGAGAGAGAGAGAGAAAGGGAGAGUUGUCCAUUCCUCUCACGCUUGGGAGUGACAGUGCCUGUGAUCUAUGGCUUUUCCUCGUGCUGGGAGUUGCAGUGCUUUCUGCGUGUGACAGGGAACAAGAGGGGAACACCACCUUCUCUCUGAGUCUUCUCGUGGCCUUGGUUGGGCUUUCUCUUCCUGCUUUGAGGAGGGAAACUGGAAAAUUUAGCGUUCGUCCUCUACUUUCCCAAUAUGGUCUUCUGGGGAGAUGAACGAAGCACUAAAACCCUAGAACUUGUGAUAUAGGGUUACGGUGAUGGCGAUGGAGGACAAGUGUGAUCACGGUUGGGAUUGAUUCCGCAUAAACAGUGCGAGCAGACAGAUUUUCCUCACUUCUUACAGCUUUGGUAUUACGGAACUCUAAAGUUGGCGUUUGUUCUGGCCGCAUGCAAGUGAGAAGGAAAAAUCAAAGCAACUGCUGGACCUUCAAUUAACAGAUUCCAAAGGAAAACAAGAGCAAAGGAUGCAGGAUAGGGGAACAGGAGGAAUAAACUUGGAGAACCCAGAUGGGAUGGUAGGAUCUGCACAGACUAGGAGAGUUAAGCCCCAGGCUGAACAGCCACAGAAGUGCCCCAGAUGUGAUUCAUUAAACACCAAGUUUUGUUACUACAACAACUACAGCCUCUCCCAGCCCAGGUACUUCUGCAAGACCUGCAGGAGGUACUGGACCAAAGGAGGAACUCUAAGGAAUGUUCCAGUUGGUGGAGGCUGCAGGAAAGGGGGGAAACGCCCAAAGAGAUUAGUAUCAGAUAGUCCUACCAGUUCUUCCCACCAAGAUGGCAAAUCCGACUUCCUCACCCCCUUCUUCAGUGCAAUUAGACCUCCAUUUCUGAUGGAUCAAUCUUCCACAGGAGUGAAGCUUUCCGCAGGAGUUUCUAGCUUCUCCAGCUUGACGCCAUUCGGUCAUGGCAUGACCAUGGGGGAGUAUAGCGCCAUUCUUAACAAUCAUCAUCAACAGCCAUUGGUGGCCUCGGCACCCGAACAUACCCCACCCAGCUUUCCCAACGUCCCAGAAGGACUCGUAAAUGAUAUUGGAUCAUGGAGAGUUGCUGAUGCUGCCGAGGGUUCCAUUGGCACCAAAGAUGGACUGCUUCACCUGCUGCCACCGUUCCCGUCUUCUGGCGUCGCCGGAAAUGUAGCUGCUGCUGCUAGUGGGUCUCCGGCGUUGAAGCCGGAGACACAGACGGCAUACGACAGCAGCGCCGCCCCUUCAGCCGGAGCCUGCUACUGGAACAGUAGUGGAUCUUCUUUAGUAGGUGGGCAGUGGCAGGAUUUUCCAGGGUAUGGCCCCUCCAAUUCAUUCUUAUAAGCAUCUGAUCUCCCGAUUCCCCAUAUAUAACAUGAUCUUCAAUUGUUGUUGUGCCUUUCUAUGGUUGUGAUUUGGAUUAAAAGGAUAUGAAAAAUCUUCCACUCAUUAUUUUGUUCUUUCAUAUAAAUGUCUCAGAAGUCGCUUUGUAUUAAUAAUAAUAUAGUGGUGAUGAGGAGAAACAUCAAUUAUCA